CAAAUCUCUCUCUCUCUCUCUCUCUCUCUCUCCCCAUAUUUUACCCAAAACGCAAAAUCAAAUCUGAAAAAGCACAAAUAAAAACAAGAAAAAACACAGCCACACACAACGACAAUCCGUCACGAGACGGCAUAUCGUCUUGUUUCAUGCUCUACCAUUAAUACCCUUAGCCCCUUCUUUUUUUAUUUUUUAUUUUUUAUUUAUUUUUUAAUUUAAUCGAAUAAUUUGGGCAGGUGAGACCCUUCACCAACAAUCUCUUCUUCUUCUUCAACUAAAUAGGCACGCACGCACGCUUGCAGAUACAGAUACUACGGUCACAGCCAGCCUCCGUCCGUCACCGCAAACUAGAUGCCAGCGGGAGAGAUUCGGUACCCAUCUCAACCGGCGCAGCCGACAGAGCUUUCGGCGUCGUCGGAGGACGAUGAGGCGUGGGUGUGGGAACAGAUCAAGGCAGAGGCUCGGUGCGACGCGGAGUCGGAGCCGGCGCUGGCGAGCUACCUCUACUCCACGAUACUAUCGCACUCGUCGCUGGAGAGAUCGCUGUCGUUUCACCUGGCAAACAAGCUCUGCUCCUCCACGCUGCUCUCCACCCUCCUCUACGACCUCUUCCUCAACGCCUUCUCCGAUGUUGCCCUCCGUUCCGCUGCCGUCGCUGACCUCCGCGCCGCUCGGGAACGCGACCCCGCUUGCAUCUCUUUCUCUCACUGCCUCCUCAACUACAAGGGCUUCUUGGCCUGCCAGGCUCAUCGAGUAGCACACAAGCUGUGGACGCAGUCACGGAAACCGCUGGCUCUGGCGCUUCACUCCCGAAUAGCGGACGUGUUCGCGGUAGACAUACACCCAGCGGCAAAGAUCGGAAAAGGGAUUCUGUUCGACCACGCGACGGGAGUCGUUGUGGGGGAGACGGCAGUGAUCGGAAACAACGUCUCGAUAUUGCACCACGUGACGCUAGGUGGGACGGGGAAGAUGGGUGGGGACCGGCACCCCAAGGUUGGGGACGGGGUUCUGAUCGGCGCCGGGGCCACCAUUUUGGGCAACGUGAAGAUUGGCGAGGGGGCGAAGAUCGGGGCUGGGUCGGUGGUGCUGAUAGAGGUGCCGGCCAGAACGACGGCCGUGGGCAAUCCGGCGAGGCUGGUGGGAGGAAAGGAGCGCCCUUCUAAACAUGAGGAUGUCCCUGGGGAGUCCAUGGACCAUACUUCCUUCAUGUCCGAGUGGUCUGAUUAUAUUAUCUGAUUUUUCUUUUUUCUUUUUUGUUUAUUUAAUUAAUAAAAUAAAAAUAAUUAUAGAACCCAUCGAUCCAAAUAGAUAAAAGAGAGUGAAUGAGUGAGUCAGCAAGCUCAAAGCCUUGGAGGGCGGAGCUCUCGAUUGCAAUUCCAAUUUCCAAUCCCAAUCUCCAAUCCAUGGAUGUUCUUUUUUUUUUUUUUUUUUUUUUUUUUGGUAUUGCUUUGUAUUUAUGGAAAUAGUAAAGUUGCAGCAGCUUAGUUCAU